AGGAAGGGAAACUCAAUGGGAGAUCAAGUUUACGAAGGGUGGACAGGAGAGAGGGCAACGUUUGGAAUGUCCUGAUUUUGGUUCCCCGAGGGGCAGUUUGGGUGUGCCCCAGGGGUUAUCAGAACCAGAGUUGGUUAUGCUGGCGGAUCUUCUGUGAAUCCAACUUACCAUCGAAUGGGCAAUCACACCGAAUCGGUUGACAUUGAAUAUGACCCCAAAGUAACAUCAUACAGUAACAUGCUCGACAUAUUUUGGAAGAAUCACGACCCAACAACCAGCAAGUGUUCCAGACAGUACAUGUCAGCAAUUUUCUACCACAAUGAAGUGCAAAAGAGAUUGGCAAAGGAGUCAAAGGAGCAAGAAGCAAAGAAGAGGUCUCGUCCCAUUAACACUGAAAUUUUGUCAGGAAAAGAUUUUUACGAAGCGGAAAAUUAUCACCAAAAAUAUUUGCUCCAGAGCUAUCCACGAAUCUUAUCCCAAUUGGACAUUGAGCCUGGAGAACAACUUGUUCGUUCUUUUGUGGCAACCAGAUUGAACGGCUACAUUGGUGGUUACGGAAGUAUGAAAGCAUUUGAGAAUGAAUUGGAACAACUUGCACUUCCGCCGCAAGUGGAACAAUCCAUCAAGAAUCAAAUAUCGAAUAAGAAGCGUUCCGACAUUGACUGUUGAUCGCAUUAGUGGGAGUGACAAGCUCAAUGGCACAUUCAAUCAAUUUAUCGAUUUCCAAGUUCUUUUGAAGUGAUUUGUGGGAAAUCCUUGGCACAAAAAGGAACCAUAAUCGCGGAUGUGCUGAUCAUUCGAAGUCGAUAAAUUAAAUGAGUGUGUUGAUGACUUAUAAUUGUUGAUGUAUUUAUAAUUAUAAACUUUUGUAAACUUUAAUCUAUCAAUGCAAAAAGUGCAAGUAUUAAAACGGGUGGACAAAGUAUAA